UUCGUGGUCCGGUGCUACUGUGAUUCCAGUUGUUUUCACAUCUACUCACCAACAAAGAGGCUGAGAGCUGCUGUACCUUACAUCUCCCAGUAAAUGUGGUGAGUUAUGCGCAACUAACGACUGGCGCUCCUGAACUAGGUCGAGGCGAGAACGAAGAAAUAAAGAGCAGAGAUACCCCUUACUCUCAAGAAGAUAUUAGGGGAGAGUUUGAAAAGUUUCAGACAGACUUGAUUGAAGGUAAAGAGCGAAAAUGGUGUCUGCCGGACUGGAGCUCAUGGGACUAUCGCUGUCGCUAUUUGGCUCGCUCCUGGUGAUGGUUUCGUGCGGGCUGCCCAUGUGGAAGGUGACGGCUUUCAUCGAAGCCAACAUCGUGGUGGCUCAGACUAUCUGGGACGGCUUGUGGAUGUCGUGUGUGGUGCAGAGUACGGGCCAGAUGCAGUGCAAGGUGCACGACUCCGUCCUCGCCCUCAGCCACGACCUGCAGGCGGCCAGAGCGCUCACCAUCAUCUCCGCGGUGAUGGGCGUACUGGGGCUCAUGGUUGUCAUCGCUGGGGCGCAGUGCACCAACUGCCUCCGCGACGAUAACGUCAAAGCCCGGGUGGUGAACGCCGGAGGGGUCAUCUACAUAAUCAGUGGUCUGUUUGUGAUGGUGCCCCUCUGCUGGAUGGCCAACAACAUCAUAUCGGACUUCUACAAUCCGCAGGUGCCCGCAUCCCAGAAGAGGGAGAUCGGCGCUGCGCUCUACAUCGGCUGGGCGGCCUCAGCUCUGCUGCUGAUCGGGGGAGCGCUGCUGUGCUGCUCCUGUCCCUCCAGCGGGAACUCUGGAUACUCUGCAAAGUACGCACCGACCAAGAGAACCACGCCGAACGGGGACUAUGACAAGAGGAAUUAUGUGUAGACUCAUAGCAGGUGGUGCGUAAAAAUGACCUGCAGCUUUUGAAAAACUGGUUUUGACGGAAGUUAUCUUUGCACCUGCAGUUUUCUUUUUAUCUUUUUUUUUUUAAAUCUGAAAAUCAUUGGAAGCUCCUCUGCUGUUUUUAUACUGACUCUUCAACGCGCUCGGACCACAAAUUCACAAAUCAUUUCUGUAUUUACAGGAGAUUAAAAAAAGACUUUCAACUACAAGAGGUAGCUCACGACAAAAGGAGUAUCUUUGUUUGGUACCUACUUUUGUAAGUCUAAGAAAUCAUAGUAGCUAUUUUGAAUUGUUUACCAUUGUAUCUGCAAAGUUGAUUUUUCUUUUCUAGAGGACCUCUUGCCAUCGAAUAUAUGCACUGUUUUUUUGCCUUGAUGUGCAUUGUCAGCACAAACUUGUACAGUAACUGAGAAUUAUUGCACUCCCACACAUUCACAGACCCAUUUCCUUUAGAGGAACCACGCCACUCUUUGAGAACUCGCAAACAAGCAAUGUCAGCAAACAAAACAGGAAGAAGAAAAGUGCAGACAUGUUAAAGGCACCAUCUAAGACAGGCUUUUUUAUGGCGGCGACUUUCAGUCACAUUUUGGACCUGUAGAGUCCGGAGAGCCUGUGAUCUAUAGGUCACAUCAUGACAUGUUACAGUCCGUUAUUCGGUUGCACUGAGCACCUGCAACGUUUUUGCAUCAUUGUCACUGCAGCAAGUCUUUUCUUUUCAAAACAUUCUUUGAACAAAGUUUGUUUUCUGUUGUUUUGUUGACCUUUGAUGUAAUGAUUCAUUAUUCUUGUAUAGGAAGAUGCAAUGUUGUUUCAUUUUAUUAAGAUUAAACUCAAUAUAUUGUCUGAAAA